UUACUAAUUGUUGCAAUUGUGAAUGUACGGCUGCAGUGAGAAAACAAGAGAAAAAACAUAAGUGAAGAUAAGCAAAAUCCAUUGUAAAAAAUAUAAAAGAACAAUUGCAUUUAUAAACAAAAACACGCCAAGAAGUAAUAUUUUACAGAAACAUUGAAUUGAUUAGAAUUAUUCACCAAAAAAAAAACCAUUAACAAUCAAAAUGUCGCUAAUCGAUAAAUUGCAAGAGCAAGAGCCCAUACCAUUGGCUGACGAUGACCCACAGGUAAUAAUCCAUGACGAUGACAAUCAUCAGAACACCAAUAACAUUGGGCAUUCCAUGGACUCGUUGAGGUCUUCAUUUACCAAUCGCAGUUCCACACCGGACUCCCACAACUCACUUGAGCCCGAAAUAAGUCCCGACGAAAAAGAAGAAAAGGCCCGUUUGAUUACACAGGUUUUGGAGCUGCAAAACACUUUGGAUGAUUUGUCACAACGUGUUGACUCGGUCAAGGAGGAAAAUCUCAAAUUACGUUCCGAAAAUCAAGUAUUGGGUCAAUAUAUUGAGAAUCUGAUGUCAGCAUCAUCAGUGUUCCAAUCGACAAGUCCCAAUGCUAAGACUAAGUAAAUGCUCAUAAAGUAUUCACCAUCAUCACUGUCUUAGCUUUCAGUUUCAUUUCUCUUAGACAUAAUACUAAAUAGGUUUUUUAUUAUUAUUAUUAUUUAUACAAUAUAACCAAAACAAA